AUGGGGGAUGCAGCACUCAAGAUACUGGACGAAAUCCUCGCCAAGAUCCCGCCUCCACAGCAGAAGCAGGACCAGGAGCCAGAAGACGAGCCAUACGACGAGCCAGAACCCGAAGAGUUCGUGAACAAGUAUACGCUUGAUUACAUGGAAGCCCAAGAGCUCUUUCAAUCCGACUCCUUCGAAGAAUGCAUAGAAGCCGCGAAAUACAACCUCACCGACCGUACCUUGCCACGGUACUUCAAGAUGCGGAACCGGAUGCUGAUUAUCGCUGCCAGCGAAGACUGGGAUGAGGCAGAGAAAUUCUUGCUCGAGACAGAAGCGAUUUACGAAGAGGCGGCACGGCUGACCUCGGAGUCUGAAGAAGAGGCGAGUUCUGCGUUGCGGCGGAUCCGUGAGGCGCUCGACAAGCUCAGUGGCGGCAUGGAUCAGGAUCGCAAGGAGGCGGAAGAAGAAGAAGCUGAGGGCAAGGAAGCGGAGAAGGCGGCUGUUGCUGAGAAGGGAACUAGGGGCGCGGAUACGGGGAAUCAGUCUGGUCAGGAAACGCCCGGUCACAUCCUUGCAAAAUCAGCCGGCAUGCCGAACGCGACAGUCAAAUCCGUCGAUGAGUACGACUGGCCCCGCCCGAGACGAUUCCGCUGCGACCCGGAGGGCUGCAAGUACACCUUUGAUACAGAAGAUGAUGCCGUCGUCCAUCAACUUGAGCACUCCCGGGUCAAGUGCGAGCAAUGCACUGCUGGAUUUCCCAACAUCCAGAAGCGCGAUGCCCACAACACUGCUCAACAUGGCACCGUUGAUUCAGAGGAAGCGGUACAGACUCGGGAUAAUGGCCCCACGGGCUCGACUGUUGAGCAGCAGCUGCAGGAAGUGCGAGCGACUAUGCAGGAGGCCAGAGCUGCGCACGAAAAGCGCGAGCGUGAGGCCGCCGCUGCCCAUGUGAAGAGGGAGAAAGCAGCUGCAGAGAGGGAGCAUGCAGCGGCAGAGAGAGAGGAGGCAGCGGCAAAGAGGGAGCAGGCAGCGGCUGAUAGGGAGCAGGCGGUGGCAAAGAGGGAGCUGGAGCAGAACAAUGCUCAAAUUGCUCUCUACCGAGAGCUGAUCAAAUUGGUGGAAGCGCGGAACGAAGAGGUUAGGCAGCGGUUGUGA